AUGGGUUCUCAUACCAUCAAACUAGCAUUGUCGCCGUCGAUGGAAAAUGUGAACAAGGCGAAAAACUCCAAAGGCCUGAUCGCCUACCCAGCCAGCAAGCACCGUGUUGCCUGGGAUCUCUUUGGCGGCCUGCUCAUUUUGUAUGACCUCUUCAUGCCUCUUGCUCAGGUCUUCGAGUAUCCGGAUACGUUUUUCACAGAUGCUAUGGAUUGGAUGACGCUUCUCUUUUGGACCCUCAACGUCGCGGCGACCCUCACUGUGGGCUUUACGCGACGCGGAGAAACGGUGAUGGCACCGCGCGAAAUUUUCAAGAAUUACUUGAGAACGUGGUGUAUAGUCGACGUCAUCACGCUGGUCCCAGACUGGGCAUUUACGCUGGUGCGGAUAGCCACGCCCAAUUUGGAAGAUGCGAGCAGCGGUGGCCUUGGAGAGGAAGGGGUCCGCCUUCUGCGAAUCCUUCGUUUGGCCCGAACUGCGCGGCUUUUGCGGUUGCUGAAGCUGCAGAAGGUGAUGGAGAAAAUCAGCGACUAUUUGGACUCAGAGGUUGCCAGUAUAAUGGCCAACAUCGCAAAGAUGAUUCUUCUGUUGCUGGCGCUGAAUCAUUUGAUUGCUUGUGUAUGGUACGCCCUUUCGAUCGCUUUCCAUGAUGCCGGUGUCCCUGCUUGGGUCGACAGCGGAAUGUUGACUGAACCAUGGGACAUCCGCUAUGUGACCAGCUUCCACUGGUCGAUCACGCAAUUUACGCCGGCUUCAAAGCCUCAGAUCCAUCCUGCAAACAUUGUCGAACAGACAUUUGCAAUCUUUGUGGUGGUCUUCGCUCUCGUCGGCUUCUCCUAUGUCGUCGGAAGCAUCCUAGGGUCGCUGGCACAGCUGCGGAGCAUGACGGAGCAGUCAGCCAAGGACUUCUGGAUGAUGCGGCGAUUUCUUCGGAGGAACCACGUCCCCAUGGAGCUUGCAUCACGAAUCCAGCGCUUCGUGGAGCAUGCGCACUCACAGCAGCAGAAGAAGAUGUCAAUCCAGGAAGUGAAGGUACUAUCACUGUUGUCAGGAGGUCUGAUGGAGGAGUUGCAGUGCGCCAUGAACAUGCCGCACAUGAUGCUCCACCCCUUGUUCGCCUUCUUGAACAACUUCUCUGUCAUAACAGUGCAGCGGUUGGCCAAAGAGGCCGUGCAACGCUUCCAGCUCGCCCGCGGGGACACGCAGUUUCUUCCGAACCAGGAAGGCAGCUACCUUUACUUCAUCGCUUCCGGCCGGAUGCAAUACGUGAGGGAUGCUGACACCCCAAACGAGCGCGUGGAAGUUGUGGACAAGGGAGAGGACUGGAUUGGCGAGCCGGUUAUUUGGACUCCAUUCUGGAUUCAUGUGGGCCAACUGACUGCUGUCUCAGAGUGCGAUCUCUGCGCUGUGGCUCCUAAAGCAUUUGGCGAUAUCGUGGCGCUCGUAAGGCCAGUCGCCGCAAUCGUCGCACGUUAUUCUCAAAAAUUUAUGCUUUG